UCUUGUCUCCUCAAUGGCGCACCCUGAGUCGCGGUGAAUAAACCGAUCAGUAUAUUUUUGAAUUGUUAACAUUUACAAAAUGGCUAGCAAAGUUCAUAGAGUACGUUACUAUAACCCAAAACCUGAAUUGAUAAAUUGUGUGUCUUAUAACACGAUAAAGAAACAAAUUGCUAUCGCGAGAGGGGAUGCAUCAAUUGAAAUAUGGGACUUAGCACAUGCUCCUUAUUUGAUAAAAUUUAUACCUGGUGUUGAAAACGGAUCGGUUGAAGCUUUGGGGUGGGUAAACAAUAGAUUAUUAUCCACUGGUCUUGGAGGUGCUUUAGUUGAAUGGGACUUAGAUAGGUCAUGUGUGAAAACUACAGUUUUUCUUACUGGAUAUGCUGCAUGGUGUCUAGAUGUGAAUUCUGACAACACCACAGUAGCUGUAGGUACUGAGCAAGGCUAUGUGAAUUUGUAUAAUGUGGAAAAUGAUGACAUUGUUUACCAAAAAUUGUUUGAUAAACAAGAAGGUAGAAUAAUGUGUUGUAAAUUUAAUAGUGCGGGAAACAUUCUGGCUACAGGAUCCAUCAAUACCAUUAGAGUUUGGAAUGUAAACACUGGGUAUGCUAUCAGCCGUAUGAAUGUCAGCCGGAGAGGCAAAGAGACUAUAGUGUGGUGUCUUGCAAUUUUAGCUGAUAAUAUUCUUGUGUCUGGAGAUAGCCAUGGUCGACUUACAUUUUGGGAUGGGAAUCUUGGAGAGCAGAUAGAAUCAUAUUCAACUCACAAAGCUGAUAUUCUGUCCAUAGCCAUAUCAGAUGAUGAGAAAAGUCUGUAUUUUAGUGGGGUGGACCCAGUUAUAACAAGCUUCAUAAAGGUCGAUAACAAACAGACAGGACCACAGUGGGUCAAACAUUUCCAGAGGCAUAUUCACGAGCAUGAUGUGCGAGCUUUGGAAUACAAAGAUAAUAAAUUAAUAUCAGUGGGAGUGGAUGGGUAUUUAACACUGUCCAGUUACCCUCCUAAAUGGGUGAUGAGGAUACCACACAUGAUACCAGCGCCAAGAUCAUCUGUUUGUGCUAAAAAGAAACUUCUUUUACUGAGAUACAACAAACAUUUAGAAGUAUGGAAACUGGGGAUGUUUGCUACUAAUCAAAAUGGUAAAGUUCUGUUUGAUAAUAUAAAUAAACAAGAAAUUGUAGAAAGUAAGGACAACAAUAAUUCUAAGACAGAAGAAGACUCCAGAAUUGACAUCUUGAACAAAGCGAGCAUGGCCAUUAGCAAAGAAACAAGGAGUUUGAAGUUGGUGGAUAAUCCUCUGAAGCUUGUGUCAAUUAAAACAAAAGGACAAAAGCAGAUAAGGUGCUGUGAGUUCUCCCCAACUGGCGAAUACAUUGUAUAUGCCACAGAUAGUGACAUCAGAAUGCUUAAACUAGAAACUGAUGAAGAACAAACAAACACGUCUUUAUCUAAAAUGAUAUUAAACGGCCUCCCACCGACUUGCGACCACAUAGCGUUCACAGAAGACUCCUUCACUAUGGCUGUGCACAAUGCAGGUACAUUGUACAUUUUACAAGUGGAUUCACUAGCUGGCGCCACCGUCGUACAGACUAUCAAUAUACAAAAACAUUUAAAAUCUUCCUCUAUCAUACAUCUUUAUAUAUCCAAGAAGACGGCAGCUGGCACAAUAUAUUUGGUGUUAGCAGAUACAAUGGGCUCCAUAGUGGUAUUCACGAAAGGCGAGCACAAGUUCGAGCAUUACGUCACCCUGCCGACGUACAAAUGCCUGCCGUCGGCGCUUACCAUCGACAGUGAUAGAGAUAGCCUCAUAGUGGCUUAUGUAGAUCAAAAGGUGGUAGAAUAUGAAUUGGUGAAUAAAAAAUUCACGGAAUGGCUGAACACAGCCUUACCCCCGGAGUGGUACUCGCGCAGCUCGGCCGUGACGGCAGUGAGCGCACACCCGCGCCGCGCCGCGCUCGUGUUCCGGGACGAGACCUCGCUGUGGGUGCUGGAGAGGGGGCCGGUUGAAAACAGCGAACCUCAAUCGAAAAGGAAAUCGAAAGGAGAAAAGAAGAAUGUGGCAUUCAAAGUAGUUCCAAUAAAGUACUUGGCGGAUUUCCACUGGAUAGCCGACGAUGAAGCAGUUACCGUAGAAAUUCUUCCCGAGAAUAUAGUCUCGCAACUACCGCCGAUUAUAAGCCGUAAAUAGAUUUUGUAAUUUUGUACAUUGAUCUGUAAUAAAUACUUUUCGUUAAGUCA